AUGCUCUUGAAAAUAAAUCAGGAGGGCCAAAUGAAAUUUCAGAUCAGCAAAUAAAGGGGUAAUAUUGAAAUUCUAAAGGAAGGGGAAGUGGCCACAGCACUGAUAAUUCCAAACUUUGGGAAUUAUUUAAAAGCACACAGGACCUUAUUGGUAGGUAGGUUAGUUUUAAGUGAAAACAAAGGAAAAAUGAAAGGAUCAAAAAUUGAUAUCAAUUGGAUAGCUAGGAAAGGUAGUAACAUUCUAUCGGAGAAAGAAAAUAUUCAAUAUGCCACUAGUAUUAAAUUGUUUGAUGACGGAGAACUCAGAUCCAUAUGA